AUGUCUUCCAAUACGUUUGAUUUUGCCGAUGCCGCUACCCCAGCGCAAGGGACUCCAGCCCUUCAGCUAACACCUACGGGCCUUGAAGGCUUAUCGGGAGUCUGCAAAGGUUCCUCUCUGGAAAACGGGGGCACAACGAUUGAUCCAAAUAUAUGGUUCAUCCCCGACAACCUUUUCCAACAGAAUUCUGGCAGUAAUCUGGGGUGGAAUUGGGAAGGAUACUUCCCGCAGACACCCAACGUCUACCGCCCUCCUUCUCCGUUUCCGUUCCCACCUAACAGUCGAGGAGAAGAACAUGUAUUCAGCUCCAAAAAAGCGACGAACUCUUUGGUUGAUAUAGAAGCAUCUCGUGGUACACACACUGCAGAGCAUGGGGGAGCUUCAGGCUCAAACGGCGUCUUAUAUUCUGAUGCCAAUGUCUUUGGAUGCGACGUCCGUCUGGGUCAUUUUCCAACCAAUAAAACAACGGUAUCCCCAGAAGAGCUCCAGAGAUCACUUAACCAACGCAUGGACGAUUUGCACCAUGGCUAUAGUGCGAAUCAAAUCUACCCAAAUCCAUGGAUGACUUCCCCUGGAUACCCUACCAUUCCGCCAUUCCAAGAAGCAUUGAACCAAAUAUUUCUUGGAGGGUAUCCCGACCCACACUUGUCUUUACAACUAUAUUCUGAACAACCAGAAGAAGGAAAGACAGAUAAUAAGAACACAUUCGACCAUGAAGACCGUCAGGAAGGUCAAGCCUCCGGGACAAGUCCCGUUGAGCAGAGUACAGUAGCCGGAGGAGAGGUCGCCAAAUUAGCAUAA